UUUCUUCUUCUUCGCCCUAGUAGUUGUCUUGGGAUCUAUGGCUAGCACUCGGGCGGGCCUAUAAAUAUGAUAGAAGAAAGUUUUGAGUUGAGAUUUUAAUUUUAUUUUUCGAGAAGUCCCCUCUCAGAUCUGGAACUAUUGUUUCCAUACUUAGAUACAUCAGGCAGGUGCUGAGACCACUGUGCCCAAGAGAUUUAAGAUAGAAGAAAAGUUAGUUUCGCAAAAAGCACCCCCCCCCAAAAAAAAAGUGCUUCAAACUUAUAAAAAGUUUCUCCUCCGUCGUGUGCUUAUAAGUUCUCCUGCGCGCACUCUUUGGGUACUUCAGAAACAGUUUUAGAACACCUUACGGAGUUAACUACAGCACUUCCUGUACAGCUCUAUAGAAUAUACGUGUUCCUCUUGUGAAUUCUCAAAGGUCUAAUAACGAAUCGUUUCAAAGACUUCUCCUCAACAUGUUGCCAAAGAACUGGCUGCACUCUUUCGUCCUGUGCCUUGUAGUGCUUUCUUCCUGCAGGGCUUACGAUCCAGACACAAACGAGUUUGAUGGCGAACGGCCUGAAGAUCUGGUCACUUCAGACAGUCUGGACAAUUCAGAAGCAAUGGACAAACGCAAAUUAGACAGAUAUGGUUUUCAUAUGGGGAUCGGCAAAAGGGACGAUGAGGAAGACGGUGAUUUAGAAGAUGAUUAUGAAAAACGGAGGAUUGACCCGUUUGCCUUCAGUGGCGGAAUCGGUAAACGAAGACUGGAUAGGUUCAGUUUCGCAGGUGGUAUUGGAAAACGUGGCAUCGACAGAUAUGGAUUCGUUGCUGGUAUAGGAAAAAGGCGUCUAGAUCGGUUUGGAUUCAGUGGUGGAAUCGGCAAGAGGGGAAUCGACAGGUUCAACUUCGCUGGAGGAAUAGGAAAACGCCCGAUCGAUCGCUUCAGCUUCGCAGGUGGAAUCGGUAAGCGAGGCUUCGACAGAUAUGGUUUCUAUGGAGGAAUCGGCAAACGACCCUUCGAUAGAUACGCCUUUGCUGGGGGCAUUGGCAAAAGACCGAUAGACAAAUUCGGAUUCUACGGUGGAAUCGGAAAAAGGAGGCUGGACAGAUUUAGUUUCGCUGGGGGCAUAGGAAAAAGGAUCCCGGACUUGGAAGAAGUGUCAGCCGCAGAGCUAAGCGAGGCAGCCAACGAAGUAGAGAAGAGAUCUGUGCCUAGUGCGAAAAGUGAAAAGGAAGCAGUAAAGUCGACGUAAAGUAGUCCAUGACGUCAUUGGUCGAGCGACGUCAUAAGCAGGCAAGAGUAAACAGAAACGCUCGACAUAAGGAAGAAGCAAACGAGAAAGGCGGAUAUUCCAGACGAGAAAUGAAAAUUAUUUCACGAGAAUGGGUGAUGAUGAAUCAGAGACUAAAUUGAACCUCUUUUUGUUGUGUUAUGUUAAGUUUUUGAGAAAUAUUUCAAUAGUGAUGUGACAUCCAUCUCUCUUUGAUGAAAUCCGUGUAAAUACGUUUUUUUGUUUGUUUUCGAUUUGGUUUUUAUCACCUUGAAUAAUGUAUUCAAACGUUAUCAACUCAUUGUUUGUAAAUCGAUAUCGUUGUUCUCCUUCAGUCUCAGUAACAUGUGUACCAUUUUAAUAGCACACCAUUUUGCACAUCUUCAUUUUACUUUUGAUUUUGUAACAACUUGUAACAACAAAUGAAAUUUUUCAAAACAGCAUCCAUCGUUUCAUGAAUCUCUUGUAGUACCAUCCUUUGAAUUUAAUUCUAAAUGAGAUCUAACAUUAUUUCAGCUCUGAAUUUAUUUUGGACCCGAAGGAAACAUUUCUAAUUUGCAUUUUAUUUAAAUUAGACGAAAAUAAUAAAAAAAACUCAAAUGCAAUUGAAUUAGAAACCAUUGGUUGCAUUAGAAAAAUAAUAGUUUCGUAUACAAUGAAUAGUUAUAGAUUACGAUAGAUAUUGACUUUACUAUUUGUGCUAUUCAACUUGUUUAUUCCGGUUACUUAAUGUCUUUAUUUUAUUAUACAAAAUAGCAUUACUAUAUUACUAUAAAAAUAUAUAGAUCUACACAUUUCUUUAUAAUACAGUCGAUUUCUGAACAUUCAUUACAUAGUAUAUGGAACUAAUGAAUGUAAAUGUAUUUAAUCGUCUGAUUAGUGACAGAAAUCAUGUUUAAUGCAGACUGAUGAUUUUGAAAUUUUAUAAUUAGGCAAUAUGUGUGUCUCUCCCCAUUACAAGUAGGGAUAAUUUUUGGCAAAUAUAAUAAUGUAAUUAUUGAAACAUGUUGUUGGUUUCCAUAUUUUAUGACAUUUUAUGUUGUCGCUUUAUUUUUCGUCCUGUUGCUUUCAUCAAAGAGAUGUGAUCGCUAGGCAUAUACUUCCACACCUAGAUCUUUUUUUUUGUUUCAAAUCUAUAGCAAAACAUUGAACCAAUCAGACCAUAUGAGAUAUAUAGAGCUAUAUUUUAUCGCCGCUAUGUUUGGAAUCAAGGAAGUUAAUUAAACUGGGAUUGUCUCAA